CAGCAGAAGGUCAAACCAAACAAACACUUAAUGCAAGAUUGACCAAUCAAAUGCACGAACUCGUCUCCGUGGAAACGGUAAACGCUAAAACAGGAAAGACCAAAACAGCGCUCCCGAAAUACAGGUGGUUUUAGCACAUUAAUCAUCGUUUUGUUUCACUUCUCUAUAUAGGUGUAGGAUGGCAGGUACAUCGCGACAUGACCGAGAGAUGGCAAUUAAUGCCAAGAAGCAGCUGACAGAUUGCACAGACCCCAUUGAACGACUAAGGCUGCAGUGUUUGGCACGAGGGUCUGCAGGCAUCAAGGGACUGGGCAGGACUUUUAGGAUCAUGGAUGAUGACAAUAGUCGCACACUGGACAUGAAGGAGUUCCUGAAAGGCCUGAGUGACUACGGUGUGCUCAUUGAGAAAGAAGACGCUGUUAAACUUUUCCAGCACUUUGACAGGGACGGAAGUGGUUAUAUUGACUUUGAUGAGUUUCUUUUGUCUCUGAGGCCAGCCAUGUCUAACGCCAGAAAGGAGGUGGUGUUACAGGCAUUCAAAAAGUUAGAUAAGACCGGAGAUGGUUUAAUUACAAUAGAGGAUCUGAGAGGAGUAUACAAUGUCAAACAUCACCCCAAAUAUCAAAACGGUGAGUGGACCGAAGACCAAGUAUUCCGCAAAUUCUUGGACAGUUUUGACUCUCCGGAUGACAAGGAUGGGAAGGUGACAAAAGAUGAAUUCUGGAACUAUUACAGUGGAGUCAGUGCUUCUAUCGAUAGUGAUGUGUAUUUUAUUUUAAUGAUGAAGAAUGCAUGGAAGUUAUGAAGGGUUAUUUAAGUUAGGGUUAAUAAAUUUGACACAAAUUUGUUGGAUAUUAACAAUAAAUCUGGAAAAUGAAAUAAUGGAAGUACUGUAGACGCUUGAAUUAUGUGUAAAAUGUGUGAGCUUGCUUGUGUUACUGGCAAGUGAAUUGUUUUUAAUUGUUAAUUGUUUAUUUGCACCAUAACUAAAACCAGUGUGGUAUGGUGAUAUAUGGAAGUCUUGUGAGUCUUCAGAUUUAGUCAUGCAUGUUCUGGCAAAUGCUAUUUUACAAAAAGUGAUUCAUUUAAUAAAUUUUUAAUUAUGGU